AUGAGCGCUCAUCUCGAUACAAACAAGAAUGUCAAUUGGAUGGACUCGCGUGGUUUCUGGACGUUUUAUAUCUUGCUUCUAGCUUCGCUGUACAUGGCGAUACCUACGGUCUUUCCCUAUGGUGAUGCUCUUACGACAGUCAAUGUUAUUCAUGGUGUGGUCUCCUUUGGUAUUAUGCACUGGAUCAAAGGCUCACCUGAUGAUAAUUCGAUGGGGGACUACCGUGAACUCACGUUCUAUGAACAAAUUGAUCAGGGCCACCCAUGGACCAGCACAAAGAAGUUUCUCAUGAUGAUCCCCACGUUUCUGUUUUUGGCCGCCUCGGUUGCCACGGAUUACAACACGCGUUACCUGCUCAUAAAUUUCCCCAUCUGGGUGACACUUAUCCUGGCCAAGCUACCUGAACUUGACCGCGUCCGAAUCUUUGGGAUUAAUUCCACCGUUGGUAUUGACGAUCACAAGAAGAACUAA